UGUUAAGUUCCAUAACCAUGUUGAAGUUGCUUUUAUGCACAGCCUGUCGUCUUUACCUAUUCAGGUAGCUUUUGUUUUCUUUGUAUUAAUGUUCUGUCCUGGUAUUUUGGAAGUUUCUCUUCAGACCAGUCCAGAACUGAAAACGAAUGGGGAUUGUAUUGCUUUUCCUGUUCUUUCUAUUUCUGCUAAGAAAUAACAAUGUACAAGGAAAUUGUUCUCCAGGGAGUGCAGUGACUUGUGAAGAUUGUUUGCUUUCUGGACCACAGUGUGCUUGGUGUUCUCAAGAGAAUUAUACAGACUCAUCUGGAAUUCACGGAAGGUGUGAUGCUCCAGAAAAUCUUUUGUCAAAAGGAUGUCAGUUGAAAUUUAUUGAAUUUCCCAUUUCUAAAGUAGAAAUUCACAAAAAUAAGCCCCUUAGCAUAGGAAUCCAGAAGAAUAACUCUGAUGUCACACAGAUUUCCCCUCAAAAGUUAACUUUUAGACUGCGACCAGGAAAUGAAGAAACAAUAGAAAUUAAAGUUCGCCAGACUGAAGAUUAUCCAGUUGAUCUCUAUUACCUCAUGGACCUUUCUGCUUCCAUGGAUGAUGAUCUGAAUACAAUAAAGGAAUUAGGCUCAACUCUUUCCAAAGAAAUGUCAAAACUAACAAGCAACUUUAGACUGGGCUUUGGGUCUUUUGUUGAAAAACCAGUUUCACCAUUCAUCAAAACCACGGCUGAAGAAAUAAACAACCCUUGCAGAAGUGUUCCACGUGAUUGCUUACCUACCUUUGGAUACAAACAUGUUUUGCCAUUAACAAAUGACGCUGAAAGAUUCAAUGAAAUUGUGAAAGAACAGAAAAUCUCAGCUAAUAUAGAUACUCCAGAGGGAGGAUUUGAUGCAAUUAUGCAGGCAGCUGUUUGCAAGGAAAAGAUUGGGUGGAGAAAUGACUCUCUACAUCUGCUGGUGUUUGUGAGUGAUGCUGAUUCCCAUUUUGGGAUGGACAGUAAACUGGCAGGGAUUGUUAUUCCAAAUGAUGGGCAUUGUCACUUGGACCACAAUAAUGAAUAUUCCAUGUCAACAGUUUUGGAGUAUCCAACAAUUGGCCAACUAACAGACAAGCUUGUGCAAAAUAACGUUUUACUAAUUUUUGCUGUAACAAAGGAACAAGUUUACUUCUAUGAGAAUUAUGCCAAACUUAUUCCUGGAGCUACUGUUGGACAACUUCAGAAAGAUUCUGGAAAUAUUCUCCAAUUGAUCAUUGAUGCAUAUAAGGAGCUACGAUCUGAAGUGGAGCUGGAGGUGUUAGGAGACACAGAAGGACUCAAUCUCUCUUUCACGGCAAUCUGUAACAAUGGUUCCAUUUUUCCACACCAGAGGAAAUGUUCCCAUAUAAAAGUAGGAGAGACAGUCUCUUUCAACAUGACAGUAAGCCUACCUACCUGUGAAAAAAGGCGGAGGCAGAUUGUAAUAAAGCCUGUGGGCCUGAGUGAUGCCCUGGAAAUUGAUAUUCAGCUGGAAUGCAGCUGUAACUGUCAGAAAGAGGCUGAGAUGAACAGUUCCAAAUGCAGCAAAGGAAAGGGCUCUUUUGAGUGUGGUGUGUGUGCCUGCAACCCUGGCUACAUGGGUCCUUAUUGUGAAUGUAAUGAAAACUCCCUGAGCACAAAUUCCUGUAAAAGGUCUCCAGAGCAGAGCUCCUGCAGUGGGAGAGGCGACUGUUACUGUGGGCAGUGUAUUUGCCAUUUCUCAGUGUAUGGAAAUAUUUAUGGGCUAUACUGUGAAUGUGACAAUUUCUCUUGCGUGAGAUUUAAAGGACUGCAAUGUGGAGGUAAUGGUGAUUGUGACUGCGGUGAAUGUGUAUGCCACAGGGGAUGGACUGGUGAAUACUGUAACUGCACAACUGACACUAACUCCUGUGUUUCUGAGGAUGGAAUACUGUGCAGUGGAAGAGGUGAAUGCAUUUGUGGAACAUGUGUUUGCACAAAUCCCGGGGCCUCCGGUAGCACGUGUGAAAGAUGCCCUACAUGUGGUGAUCCUUGUAAUUCCAAACGGAGCUGCAUAGAAUGUCACUUGGCUUCUGAUGUCCAGUCACAGGCAGAAUGCAAUGAAAAAUGUAGAUUAGUUGAUGCAACUGUCAACAGUGCAGAAGAUUUCUCAAAGGAUAAAUCUAUUCCCUGCUCUUUACAAGGGGAAAAUGAAUGUGUUACUACAUUUCUAAUGGCUACAGAUGAACAGGGAAGGACAAUCAUUCAUAGCAUAAAGCAGAAAGAUUGCCCACAACCUCCAAACAUUCCGAUGAUAAUGUUGGGUGUUUCUCUUGCUAUCCUUCUGAUUGGCAUUGUUCUACUUUGUAUAUGGAAAUUGCUAGUUUCUUUUCAAGACCGAAAAGAGGUUGCCAAGUUUGAAGCAGAAAGAUCAAAGGCCAAAUGGCAAACGGGAACAAAUCCCCUGUACAGAGGCUCAACAACUACAUUUAAAAAUGUAACUUACAAGCACCAAGAAAAGCAAAAAGUGGACAUUACUGCAGAUUUCUAUUAGCACUUCAGACACUGGAAAAUUAGUUUUACUGACAAGAAAUAUAAAAGCACUAUUUUGUUUCUAUUUCUUUAUAACUGGUUACAUGGAUGUUUAUUAGCACAUCUUAGUGAUAUAAUUCAGCUAGAGCAAAUAUAUUUUGUGUGUAUUGAAGGUACUGUAGAUAAUUUUUAGUCAUACAGCAGUUAAGAGGAACAUUACAAAGAAAUACACUUAACAGUCAGACCCACAAAUUAGUCUUAAAGAAGAAAGCACUGAAGAUUUCUGUGGAAUUUGCUCCACAAAUAGAAUAAAAAUUCACCAUCAAUAAGCACAUUUUGAUGAGUCUAACUUGUAUUUGCUAUUUAUGGUGAAUUUGACUUUACGUUGUUCAUGCUACAAUGCCACACAUAUGGUGCAUGCCCAAACACAAUCAGUCUACCCUGUUGGCUUGCAUAAAAUAAAAGAUAGGAAUUUAUGAAUGACGAGACUAAUGCAAGCAGGGCUAGAGGAUCCUGAUGCCAAACUAUGGGCCUGGACAGUGAUUUAAUCAGAAACAACUGAAUAUAUAGCCUAGCUUACAUGGAUCCAAAGCUUACAAAAAUAUCUCCUCAACCUCUUUGCCUUUCCCUCUUUCUUUGCCUGUCCCCUUCCCUGCCCGUGACUCUUCUCCCUUUGGUGUUCUACUCUUUUCUUUAAGGACCCAUCCUAAGGCACUGCCAAAGGUGAAUCCUGUUUAAACACAGCCAGAUCAUUUCCUCCUCUUUCCUCUGAGUUCUAGUGGAGAGGUUCUUGCACAAAAUAGAAAUGUUUGUCAUAGUUCAGAAAACUCAACAGAGCAGCUUUAAACCUGAAGAUGACCCUGAGGGUUCUGAAAAAUCUACCUCCUGUGCAGAGAUCCCACACAAGGCCUAUACACCACUUAAUCCUAAGUAGGCUUCAAGAUACGCUUAGGAGCUGCACAGGCUAUUGUGCAAGCCCUUUGCAUAGAAGAGAAUUUAAUACAUAAGGCACAUUUGUAAUUAUCAUACCUAUAAUAGCAUUGUUCUGUGGAUACCAUACACACAAAUGAUGAGAUUCUUAGGUGUCCAUAGCAGCAGCGUAUUCUAACCUGCAAGUCCAUUUAUUCUAGUACAAAAGAAUAUAUUUGGCCUUUUGGGGCAGUUUUUCAAAAUAAGCUGUUAAUGAUUACUAAUUCCACUUGGUAUUCCUGGCAGUGACUUUAAUAAGGACCUUAAAAAGUCAGUUUUUAACUAGAGUUGCUAACUACUUGCCAUAGACCCUUAGUCAAAAAUGCUAAUGGCAUGCACAGUACUGAAAAAAAAUAGCUGAUGUGAUAACAUGUUAAUGACACUAUCAAGAUUUUUUUUAGAGUGAAAAAAAUACUGUAUUGAGCUAGGUAUUAGUUUCUUCUGAAAUGUUUUAACCUUCUGGAAUCCACGGUAAAGAGAUUCAGAGUGCAGACUAUUUUUACGACAGACACAUAUGCCAUCUGAAAAUAUUUUUUAAAAACUGUGAUAACCUAUUGACAAGCUAACAAAAAUUAUAUUUUUCUCUUCAUUAAACCAAAAUUUUGAUCUAAAAAUCCUUUUAGGUGACCAUUUUGAAAUAAAUAUUUAUUCCAACAGCAUGUGCAACUUCAAGCUUUUAUGUCCAUACAUUGCAAAUACAAGAUGUGGUGUGAAUUGAUUUAUCAUGUAGCUCUGACUCAAACCUGUUUUUCUGGGCCUGAUCCAAAGUCUACUGCAGUCGAUUGGUAACGAUGGAUGAGCCUUUAAUAAAAACAGAUGUCCAUUGUUCUGCGAUCGUCACCUCUCUCUAUUUGAAUGGCAGAAUAUCUUUUAAACAGCUUGAAAUCAGUUCAAGUUGUUCUACCUCAGUAACCAGACUUCAGACUAAAUUCCAACACAUCAGAAUGAUGUAUAUAUUGCUCUGAAACUUACAGCACAUAUAUUUUAUUUUAUUUGUUAAAAUCUCAGCUCUUUCUCCAAAAUAGUUACAAUGGAACCUUGGCUAUUAGUUAAUGGAAGUUCUAUUUGUUUGUUCAGAUAGAAGCUGAUUAACACUAUUCAUUAAUGGACUGGGACCUAUGAUAUAUAUUUGUGUUCAAAGAAACUUUUAAAACAUCUUUAGAAAUAAGAUGAGACAAUAUAACAGCAUGUGAAAUAAUUGCAGUGUGAAAGGCUUACUGUAAAUCUAAUCACUGGAAUAAGUUAAUGAGGCAUCUGUACUUUUCAUUAUUCUUUCACAACUCAUAGUGGAAGCUACGCAUAUGCAGAGGGCCCAGAUCUGCAGUCCUUCCAUUCACUUAACUCAUACUGAAGUCAGUGAAAGUUACAUAUAGCAUGAAAUCAUGCUUCCUUAACCACAUGAAUAGUUCCACUGAGCAAAAUCAUGGCUCCAUUGAAGUCACUGGGAGUUUUGCCAUUGACUUCAAUGGAGCCAGGAUUUUACUCACUGACUUCAAUAGGAUUAUUACACAAGUAAGGAUAGCAGAAUUUGGACCAUGGAAAGAAUGUAAAGGUAAAAUAGAUCUUACUUCUGUGUUUGGUUUUAAAGUAAAAGUAUAAAAUCAGAAUCAUUUUUAAAAGAUUAAAAAGCAUCUUCCGUUUGGUAGCUCUAAAGUAACCAAAUGCCUAUUGUUUUAUUAAACACUUUUUAAGUUAUAUUUCAGAAUGGCUGACUCAAUGGAUCAGUAAUAGCGUCUUUCAUCUUUAGGUCACCAGUUUAUAAAUAGAACAGCUCUGUAGUGUUUGAAUGUUGUUACCCUCUGAACACUGUUCAGUGUCUCCUAAUGCACAGACUGAACUACAGAACUCAUUCAUCCCCUGGCAGGGAGCCCUGUCAGGCCAGAGGCACGUUGGCAAGGCAGUGUGGUGAAGAAGGCUGCUUGUGCUGUACUAGUUCUGUGCAUAGAGGUUUUCAAGGCUCUCAGUCGGGCACUUUUUGCCAGAAUGAAAAUCAAUCAGCUACUUUUUAUAGUAAGAAUUCAUCAGAACAGAGAAAAUACCCAGUCUCACGGAUUAUUUACUGUUAUAAUUAAUGGGCCCCAUUGUGCAAGUCACUAUAUGAGAGUCCCUGCCCUGAAGAGCUUACAUUCUAUAGGAGACGUCUCAAAUACAGAUCAUGCUGAAAGCUAUUUUUAAUUAAAAUAUGUGCUGCAAGCUUCCCAGAGGUCAUAUAGCAUAUUGUAAGAUGUUGAUCAUAGACCAGUGGCAUUUUCCCCAACUCCAGGAGUGGAGUUUAUCCUUUUAGUUGGAUGGUAAUAUUUGUUAUCUUGUAGAUACUUUUAGCAAAAUUUUACAACCCUUUUUCCCUUUUUCAAACUCUUGAGUGUCCGUGUGGUGGGGAAGGAGGGGAGGCAGUGAAGAAGAUGGAAAAGUCUUUUUUUUUUGCUGUUGUCAUGGGUGAUGUUUUGACCUAAGGCUGGACCUGGAGAAAGGGCAAAACAUUAUUAAUAGAGGUACUUCUGUUCACUGAAGAGUUAAACUAAGUAAAUAAAAGAAUGUUCAUAACA